AUGGCAAGUAAUAUAAAUCCAACAAUAAAAAAAGUUUCAGCAGAAACACAAACAAUUAAUUCAUUUGAGGCUUUACUUAAAACAAAUAAUAUAUUUUUAUUUAUACCAAAUAUUAUUGGCUAUGUACGAGUUUUUUUAUCAAUUGUUUCAUUUUAUUUUAUGCCGUCGCAUCCAAAAAUAACAAUAUUUUGUUAUUUAACAAGCGAAUUUCUUGAUGCACUUGAUGGACAUGCUGCUCGUGCACUUGGACAAAGUACUAAAUUUGGAGCAAUGUUUGAUAUGCUAGUUGAUCGAUGUUCAACAAUGUGUUUAUGUUUUGUUUUGGCAAUGUUCUAUCCAAAAUGGGCACUUUUCUUUCAACUUUGGGCUGCAAUUGAUGUUGCUAGUCAUUGGCUUCAUUUACAUGCAGCUACAGUUAAAGGUUCAGAAAGUCAUAAGAAAAUCGAUCUUUCAGGCAAUCCUAUUCUUCGUCUUUAUUAUACAUCACGUAAAGUUCUUUUUACAAUGUGUGCAGGAAAUGAACUUUGGUUUUCAAUGAUUUAUAUGCUUCAUUUUGGUGAAGGUCCAGCAGUUAUUACGUAUGGUAGUUAUGCAAUGGGCCUUUGGCGUUUAAUUCUUUAUAUUGUUACACCAAUUAUGAUCGCAAAACAAAUCAUCAGUUUAAUUCAUCUUUAUACAGCUUCACUUGAUAUGGCUGCUAUUGAUGAAGCUGAACGUGCAAGCAAACCAAAAAAUAAUUAA